AUGGUGGCCGCUGUUUCUGAAAACCCCAAAAUCAUAUCUUCAAGAAGGCCUCCAUUAUUGUCUUCCGAAAAAGAGGACAAGAAUGGGGUUUCAAACAAUACCAAGAGGCCCAAAUCAAGAAUUGUUUCUUCACGAUAUAUGUCCCCUUCAACUUCAACUUCUACUUCCACUUCCACUUCAAAUUCAUCCUCAGUUUCUUCAUCUUCCUCUUCUUCUGGAAGGUAUCCCUCUCCUUUGGUUUCAAGGAACUCGACUCCGGUGUCCAAGGCUCCUUCUUUAUGCCCCAAGAGGUCUGUGUCUGCAGACCGGAGGAGGCCCGUGGCUGCCAGGCAGUUAGCGCCUGAUCUUGAUUCUAAGCAUGAGAGUUUGACUGAAGUUUCAGCAGCUGCGAAGCUGCUCGUCACUUCUACUCGUAGUUUAUCGGUUUCCUUUCAAGGUGAAGCCUUUUCGCUACCGGUUAGUAAGACUAAGGCUGCCCCGUCUUCGCCUAAUUUGAGUAGUGUGAGGAAGGGUACGCCAGAGAGGAGGAGAAGUGGAACUCCAUUGAGAGGAAAGGGUGAUAGGGGAGGAGAUCAAGUAGAUAAUUCUAAGAAUGUUGAUCAGCAUAUGUGGCCGGCAAAAAACCGCUCGGUGAAUCCAUUGUUGAGGAGUGUGGAUUGUAGCGGCAGUAGUGUAGAGAGGAGCAAGCUCAUUGGAUCUGGCAAUGUAGUUCGUGCAUCGCAACAUACUUUGAUUGAUGAGAGGAGGGCGUCACUUGAUGGUAGGUUGAGUCUUGAUUUUGGCUAUUCGGAUCUUUUAAAGACGGCUCAACUAGUUAUGGAGAGGAAUUUGGUUAAUAACGAGUCAUCUGUACCAUCUGAUCUCAUUGCAUCUGAUUCGGACAGUGUCUCUUCCGGUAGCACUUCUGGAGUUCAAGAAACUGGUGGCGAUUUCCAUGGAAGAAAUGGUCCUUGUGGAAUUGUUGGUUCGGCUAGGUUUUGGCAAGAAACCCAUAGUCGGCUGAGGAGGUUGCAGGAUCCAGGCUUGCCCUUAUCCACCAAUCCCAGUUCGAAACUAAUUGUGCCGCCAAAGUUGAAAAAAUAUGCAAGUGAUGGUCCAUUGUCAUCCCCUAUUCGUGGAGGUAUUAGACCUGCAUCUCCGAGCAAGCUUAUGACACCAGUGGGAUCAUCUCCAUCCCGGGGAAUUAGUCCAUCUCGUGUCAGAAAUGCUGUUAGCACCAUUACUAGUAAAUUUAAUGAGACACCCUCAGUUCUUAGUUUUGCCGUCGAUGUUCGGAGAGGGAAAGUAGGCGAGACCUGGAUUGCUGAUGCGCACCUGUUGAGGCUUCUGUAUAAUCGGCACCUCCAGUGGCGUUUUGCCAAUGCUAGGACUGAAGUGGUCUUGCUGGUGCAGAGACACAGUGCAGAGAAAAAUCUAUGGAAUGCAUGGAUAACAAUCUCAGAUCUACGAGACACUGUCACCAAAAAAAGACACCGAUUGCAGUUGCUUAAACAAAAGUUGAAGCUAGCCUCCAUUCUCAAGGGACAAAUGACGUUUUUAGAAGAUUGGGGUUCUCUGGAUAAAGAUCAGUCCAUCUCUUUGCUUGGAGCUAUUAAAGCUUUGAAGGCUAGCACUCUUCGUCUACCCGUAGUCGGAGGAGCAACUGCUGACAUCCAGAGCUUGAAGGAUGCUAUUGGUUCAGCAGUUGAUGUUAUGCAGGCUAUGACGUCAUCAAUAUGUUCACUUCUGCCAAUGGUUGAGGAAGUAAAUCAUUUGACGGCAGAACUAGCGAAAGUUACAGCUAAAGAGCGAGUUUUGCUCGAACAGUGCACAGAUCUUGUGUCCAUGUUAGCAGCCAUGCAGGUCACAGACAGUAGUCUGAGAACAAAUAUAUUACAAAAUAUCCGCAUAUCAACAACCUGA